GAAACAUUUGACAUUGAAUUUGCCGGCAAUUGAGUACAUACAAGUUAAAUUGAUAUACAAUUUGUAAAGUACAAUUUAUAUGAUUGAUAAUCAAUUUGAAUAAAAUGCAAGCAUUUCUGAAGACUGGGAAAAUAUCUAAUGCUGAUAAACCAUCUUCGUCAGGUGUCAAACCUAGUAAGAAGAAACCACCCGCACCAUGGGUUGAAAAAUAUCGUCCUAAAACAAUAGAUGAUAUUGUUGAUCAAGGAGAAGUGAUUCAAGUACUCAGAGAGUGUUUGGCUGGAGGAGAUCUUCCACAUUUGUUGUUCUAUGGCCCGCCCGGUACCGGCAAGACGAGCGCGAUACUAGCAGCGGCCAGGCAGCUGUUCGGGGAUAUCACUAGAGAUCGCGUGUUGGAACUGAACGCCUCUGAUGAACGUGGCAUACAGGUUAUCAGAGACAAAGUGAAGACAUUCGCUCAGAUGACUGUCAGCAGCAUCAGACCUGAUGGCAGACCAUGUCCUCCAUACAAACUAGUCAUACUUGAUGAAGCUGAUUCAAUGACGAACGCAGCACAGGCAGCGUUACGUCGCACAAUGGAAAGAGAGACUCGUACCACACGUUUCUGUCUCAUUUGCAAUUAUGUGUCGAGAAUCAUUCCACCAAUCACUAGUAGAUGCUCCAAGUUCAGGUUUAAGCCAUUGGCAAGAGAGAAUGUCAUUAAAAGGUUACAAGAUGUUUGUGAAGCAGAGGGUGUGGAUGUUGGUACUGGUGAAGUUCUCCAUCAAGCUGUUGAUACGUGCGAGGGAGAUAUGCGUCGCGCACUCACAGCCUUGCAGUGUUGCCAGCGCUUACUUGGGAAGAUCACUUCUGAAGGUUUAAUUGAGGUGACAGGCCUGGUUCCCGACCAUCUGAUAAAUGAAUUUCUCAGCAUCAAGAACUACAAUGAGCUAGAAAAGUUCGUUGAAAAUUUCCUCAUGGAAGCCUACUCGGCAUCCCAACUCUUAGAGCAACUGAGCGCCACAGUCGUAAGCAGUGGGCACUUGACAAACAAACAGAAGUGUGUUAUCAGCGAGAAGGUGGCCAUCUGUUCCCAUAGACUGCUUGAUGGGGGAGCCGAAGUUAUGCAACUCACUGACCUUGGAUGCACAAUUAUUAUGGCGAAUAAUAACCCCUGAUAAAAAUACACUAUAAUAACAAUUAAAACAUGGCACUAUUGCAGUUAUUUUAAGGUUUCUUCGCUUCUUGGAUAUUUUUUUUCAGAGGUCGAUUGGCAUACGUAUAGUUAUAGCGGUAAUGUGACGAUCGCAAUGUUUUCUGGUUGAAAAUUUUCCAUUAUCGGUUAUCAACACGCCAUUUUAGUAGUUAACAGGUUAAAUAAAACAUAAUUUAUAAAAGUUUUUUUUCAUUUGUCACUUGAAGGCCCUAAUUCGCUUAUUAUAUUAAGGUGUUACUUUUUAAAAGGUACAAAUUCGCACUUGGCAAGCGUGUUGGACUAUGGCCAAAGCCCUUCUCAUUCUGAAAGCUGUGCCCCGUAGUGGUCCAUGUAGAACUGAAGUGCAUUGAUAAUGCAGUCAUAUUUAUAUCAAAAUACCCACCAACUCAAUGUCAUGCACAUAUUAUAGUUAUCAAAAGUUUAAUUAUUUACUCACUUCAUAAAUUUACUGUAACAGAAGGUUUUCGUAGAAUCGGAAAUUAUAAAUUUCUACAUUCGUCAGAUUUGUCAGAAUUUUAGUCAUUUCCACAUCACAAAAUGGGCUGUAAUAAAAACACCAGCCCAUCUAACCUCAAAACUGGUUUUUAGGUUGUUGGUUCAUCAAUGGACCUUUUUAUAUAAAUGUUUCCAAUCACUUGAAUGCUCUUAGUUUUUAUCGCAGCUGUUGCAAAAAGUGCCUUAAACGAUUAUUCUCACAUAAAUUUUUUCGUGUUACACACAGAAUUAUGCAACACAUUCCGAGUUUUGUAAUUACUCAUUGUUAAUAAAAAAAAAAAUACUUGCUCCUUAUGCUCUUGUUAUAAAGAGCAGAAUUGUUUGUAAUCUAAAAUUGAUAGAUGUGAAUUGUGCUUAUUAAAAAUCAAUACUGAGAAACAUUAAUGUUGAUUCUGAUGCUUUAAUUUACUAUUCUAAGAAUUGUCUCAUUGUCAUGAGUUUACAGUAAAUAAACGUUUUGUAAUAUA